UCAAUUUCACGGUAAUCAGUGUGGGGAUCGCCCCCAUGGUGACGAAAGGUCGCUGACCUGUAUUGUUUGCAUACUCACUAUGGAGUCGUAUCCCAGCUGACUACUGUUGUUAAUAGUUCUGCAAGAAGUCUCCUGGAUGAGAGUGUGCAGUUAUUAUGGCUGGACCAGUCACAGACCUCCAGAAGCAACUGAUCACUGCUUUGCUUGACAGUGGUAUCACCAAGGAAGCCAUUAUUCAAACCGUUGACUCAAUCCUCGCAAAACAACAAGAAAAGCAGAAGAAUUACGAAGAAAAACCUCCAUGCAAGCUUGAACCUGUAGUCCGUGAAGAACAAUACAUGUCGGAUAGUGGUGGAUCUUCCGAUGUAGAAAGCACAAAAGAUGAAUACAACGAAGAGGUUGUACCAGCAUCACACAAUCCAAUCUUGAACCCUGAUUCUAUAGGUGAUCAUUUACUCCGCAUCGAUCCAUGGCAGGCCGCACGUGUCAUAAAGAUGUACAUGCAGCAACACAACAUUCCACAGCGAGAGGUAGUGGAAUCGACAGGUCUCAAUCAAAGCCAUCUAUCGCAGCAUCUUAACAAAGGAACACCAAUGAAAACCCAGAAAAGAGCUGUUUUAUACACCUGGUUUGAAAGAAAGCAAAAAGAAAUCACUCUACAGUACAGUAACCCAGGGAAAAGACUGUAUCCAGACGACGAUGAAAACCCAUGCAAGAGGUCAAGACGUAAUAGGUUUAAAUGGGGCCCUGCAUCGACAAAUUUGCUGUACAAUGCGUACGAACAGCAGCGAAAUCCCUCUAAAGAUGAGAGAGAGGCACUGGUGAUAGAGUGCAAUAAAGCUGAAUGUGAACAAAGAGGAGUACCUUACAGCAAUGUUGGAGGCUUGGGUCCUAAUCUGGUCACUGAGAGUAGAGUGUAUAACUGGUUUGCGAACCGACGGAAGGAAGAAACGUUUCGAAUGAAACUUGCAAUAGAAGCUGCAAAUUACCAAGAUAACCCUAGCCAAAAUCUCAGUUCUCCCAACUCCUCACAAUUACCAUCGAUAGCAGCUCCGAAAAUUCCGCCGAUCACAUCUACUCCCCAAACGCCAUCGACUCAUCUUCGCCAGCCAGUGACGUCACCAGCACAUGCGUCAUAUCCAACACCUACGUCAUCCACCUUCCAAUCUCCAGUUAGUCAGACUAUGGAAGCCGCGGGCGCUGCUGUUUCUAGUGGUCAGGUUCUCCCAGGUGUUGGUACGUUGAUGCAGUCAGCAAGCAUGGAGAAUGAUGGGAUUGCAACACAGCGAGUGAUUCCUGUCAUCACACAGAACACGGACCAGUCUUUAAUGUUACCGACCAGUAAUAUUGUUACUGGAGAUUCUCCGCAAUUCACGAGUUCUCCUCAAAUGUCUUUAACCAUCUCGUCAGUUCGCUCACAUCAAAUGAUUCCACCAAACGCAAGCCAAGCACUUCAAGCCAUAGCAAGUACCGUUAGACAGAUYCAACCCAUUCCUAUAACUAGCAUAUCUACUGCUACAGCCUCUGCAUUCAUCCCGCCAUCAAUGACUCCAGUAUCUGUACCGUCGAUCACAGUAAGCCACAUUGCGCGUUCUCCCAUAGCAACUAUCGAGCACCUAGCAACGCAGCAACUAAGGUCACGUGACAAUGAUCGUCAGGUCGUCAACAACACAGAACUUGUCCACGAUGCCAGGAAGCAAAUCCUGCAAGAAAACAACAACACUUGCCUAAUGCAAACUGAAGAUGAAAGUGCGCAAAGCAUCAACGGAGAGCACGUGAUACACCACGUGAUUCAAGCUAUUUCUCCAGCUGUAAAAGAAGAAAUCGAGAAGGAUUUGGCCCAAGGGAAAGCAGAAGAAGCCAUGGAUGAAAUUUCUCUCGCAGUCAAGAUGGAGGUAAAUGGAGGAAAUGUUGAAGAGGUUGACUCGAUAGCCGAGACAGUUACUGUUGAAACAACUAGCUCAAGUGAAAAUACUCCAACAAAGGACUCCAAGCUAGAAAACACUUCAAUUGGUCUUCAGCCGUUCGCCAAGCCUACCAAAGCUGUCAUCGUUCAAGUCAAUGGUAACCAUGACGACAGUAUUGGAUCGUGACACCUUAAUAUAAUUUUUAUAUUCAAUAUUGUACGUACCAAGAUAUUAUUCAGACGUUUUUAGAAUUAUUGUACAUAGUGAACAAAUUUAAAGAUAGUACAAUUGAGMCGUACUUGUACUUAGCGGKACAGGGUUCUCAAUUCGUUUAUCGUUACGGCGAUUUUUAGUAAUAUUUGAAGUAUUACAACAUAUUAACAAGUUUUAUUGUUUGAUAACMAAUGARUUUAAUCAAUUUAUGAUUAUAUUUUUAGUCUUGAAUGAGUUUUACAAUCGUUAUUGGUAGAAUCUUUAUCGACAGAGAUAAAA